AUGGCGACGAUGACUCUGGACCUUUCAGAGGCAGUUGAAGCCUCUGUACCGCCGGUUCCUGCAGCUGCAUCUCAGCGUUCGUCCCCUCGAACAGUUGCGACUUACACAUCGUAUGUGCCUGCUCGUUCCGCCUCGCUUCACGUUGACAAUGACAGCGACCCUUUGAUUUGCAGUCAAGAUCGCAAUCCUAGUUCAACGCGUGUUUGUGCAAAGUCGGUCUAUGCUGUGCAGCCGGCUCCUUCAGGUUCUUCAUGGUUUCAUUACUUACCAGCUACAUUUGUGAUUUUGAGUUUCGUCGCUAUAUACAGCAUCUUUGUGCGUUAUCAUUUGAAGCCUUCAGUUGACAAUGAUUUGAGUCAUUUAGGAGUGUUGAGCAACAGCACAGUAUUUGUGAUAAUCAUCACUCAUGUGUUAUGUUUGCUUUUCUUGGUGAGUUAUGUGCUAUGCGCUACGGUUGAUCCUGGCCGUGUCCCUGACACGGUUGAAUGGAAGGUGUACCCUGGUAGUGACAAGCACGUAAUUCCUUCGCUGUGCGAGACCAAGAAAUCUGGUGAUCGUCGUGUUUGCAAGUGGUGUUGUCAUUACAAGCCGGAUCGUGCUCACCAUUGUCGUGUUUGUGGUCGUUGCGUCUUGAAGAUGGACCAUCACUGUCCUUGGGUUCACAAUUGCAUCGGUUGGGCUAAUCACAAGUAUUUCUAUUUGUCUUUGUUCUACGCUUCGACCUUGUCUUCAGUAAUCGCCAUCUUAUCGUUCCCUACCGUGCGGCACGUAUUGCAUACACCGAUGGUACCUACGAGCGAGGUUGUUAUGUUACUGAUUGGUGAGGUAUUAUCUAGCAUUUACGCUAUUGUUUGCGGCCUCUUUUUAUGUUUUCACGUUUGGUUGAUGUGCGAGGCUUAUACUACAAUUGAGUUUUGCGAGAAGCGAUCUCACAACAUAAUGUGGCCGCAACGUUCUCUUUGGUCAGGUAGUUUGUUUGACAACAUUUCGUGCGUAUUGGGCCGCAACCCUUUCCUGUGGUUGAUCCCUGUCGACAACCGUCUUGGCGACGGCGUCACGUUUAUUAACCACGUGUCUGUCGACAGUCCUGAUGACGAAGAGACAUAUGACGAGAACUCUGCAUUUUUGAAGAUGGCUCGUGAGACUAAGCAGUUUGACCCUAUUUUAGAGGUUUAA